AUGGCUUCCCACCCGUCGCCGCCGCCGGAACACCGCACAUCACCCGCUCCCACCACCAUAAGUGACCUCGGCGAUGACCAGCUCCGAGAGAUCUUCCUCCGCCUCCCGGACCUCCGCAGCCUCGCCUCUGCCGCCUUCACCUGCCGUGGCUUCCUCGGCGCCGUCCGUUCGUCCCGCGCCUUCCGCCGCCGCUUCCGCGCGCUCCACGCACCCCCGCUCCUCCCUCGCUUCCUCGCACACACGGUAGCUCCGUUCCCUGCCUCACGGCACCCCUCCGCCGGAUUCACCCCCCUCCAAGACGACGACACUUCCGACUGGCGGGUCGAUUUCUAUGAUCCUUCGCUUCCCUACAAAUACAAUGGCGGCUGCAUCGCCAUGAAGCACCGGAGCGUCAAGCAACGGAGAGUUUGGUACAACCCUCGAACGAUGGCCCUGUUUCUCUGCCCCAAGGAUCAUCAUGACAUGCCCGACGGCACCACCCUUGGGUUCCACACAUUCUCCUGCGAAGAGGAUCAGAUGCCGUCCCGUGUGGUAUGUGUCCGUCACGACUACUCACGGCCUUGCGCACGGGUCGCUGUCUUCUCAUCGGACACCAUGGAGUGGCAAAUCUUCCCGGAGACUGCGACGCCGCUGCCUCAUGGCUUCAGGAGCACAACCUGCACCGUGCUGGAUGGGUUUAUAUGUUGGCAAUGCGUGUCCAUGAGCGGGAUGAUUGUCAGCCAGUACAUUUUCGUGCUCAACACAGACACAUUUCAGUUCUACCGGAUGGAUCUGCCGCCGCCCUUGAGAGUGAUACCCCAAACAUUUAAGAUUGGUCAGACCAAUGAUGGGAGGCUCUGUAUUGUGAAUGAGAAGGAAUGCACAUUUAGUAUUUGGAUCUCAACAACCGGCGAUGAUGGCAUCGAGAGAUUUGUGCUGGACAAGAUGUUCCCGUUGCAGGCUAGCGUUAUGGAGGUCAUCAGUUGUUCAGUGAAAGAUACAAUCUCAGUGCGGCUUAUGAUGAUUUUCAAUGGUUUUGUGUAUUUUGCACUUCGCCCAUGGAGGAAUUACGUGGAUCAUUACAAAUCCCCUGAGUGGUUCAUGUCCAUGUCUUUGGAAACAGCGGAGCUGAAGCAGCAUCUAAAGAAUAGAAAGCGACCUAUCUUCCCCGUCCAUCCCUACUCGGCCUGGCCUCCUUCUAUGGUAUACAUCUCGGAGGAUUCAAAAUCUGAGGUUACUGGAAACAGUGUUGAAGAUGUUGGUUCUGAGGGCACAGGAAAGGAUUCAUCUAUCCUUAUAAAAGCAUUACAAUCAUAUAAAGAAGCUUUGAUUAAGGAUGGUGACACAAAUGUUGCAGAGAUAGAGGCCUUCUCACUUUGUAUUGACAUUGAGGAUGAGAAUAACUCUCUUGUGAGGAAAAUCAUUGCUUUAGAUGAACUGUUAAUAACUGUGAGAGAUCGUGCCUUGAGGGCGGGUGCAGACUCUGAAUUCUACAGACAGAAGAUCAAAACAGAGAACUGGUGGAAAAUGUGCAAGAGGAAGUUAUGGAGAGCUUUCUGCACUAGCUGA